CAAAACAACCAGAACUCUAUCAACAGAUGUUUUGUUAAGAUAAAAGAGGCCGGAAACAAGAACAAUAAUACAGUGCGUUCCAGAUCAUCGGCAAAAAAAUGGUGUUCGUAAAAGAAGAUCACCCUAAAUCACGACCGAUUGAAAUCACUUAUUACGUGACUCCUCACGAAUUUUGGUUCAAAUAUAUAGACGACGACGACGGUGAGGAUGAAAGAAUGCAGGAGAGAAUUCAACGUUUGGCGGAUAGGAGCAAAAGUGACCGUUACGAUGAACCGAAGGUCGGCGACAUUGUAAUUGUACAAUGUCUCUUCAUGAGUUCAAAAUACAUUCGGGCUCGGGUCGACUGUGAACUGAAAUAUUCAUAUGGAUCCGAAUUGAUAUUAUGGGCAAUCGAUUACGGAUUUCCGAUUCGAUCAAAUCUAAAGUUUGUAAGGAAAGUGACUUCCGACGAAUUGAAAAAAGACAAUCGGCGUGUGUUCAAAGCAACUUGUAGUGGUGUUGUGCCCGCGCAACCGGACUAUGAUUAUUACCAAUUCAAAACUGUAAUGCGCAAUAAACCGUCGUGGUCUGAGAAGGCGAUUAAUGAAUUCGAAAAGAUCUAUUCGAACAGUGAACAGUUGACCUUUCACUACAAAUGCAAUGCUGCUGAGCAGCACGUUUAUGGAUCUCUGGAAGUGCUUCUAUCUAGUGAAAAAUCAGUCAAUAUGGAUGACGUUUUGAAGAACAUCGAUGAAGCGAUUGAUGCCGUAGAUUUCGAAACAGAAUACGAAAGCUUGGCGCAUAAGGACUACUGGCUUCAACAAGAAAAUUAUAAAAUAUUGGAAAACGUAGACGCUUCCAGGGCAGGGACCGUAAAAACUCUCAAGCCGAAAAAUUUGCGAGACAAAACCAUCGUAAGCAAAGUGAACGAUUGGAACGAUUCGAACGAUCGCACAAUGCGAUUGGUGUCAAAGACCACGAAUAUACAUUCGUCGUCGAAUACAGACUCCUCGUCGAAUACAGAAUCAUCGUCGAAUACAGAAUCAUCGUCGAAUGUGGAUCCGUCGUCGCUGAAAAUGAAAGAUUUGCCGCUCAAUAAAAGAUACGGUCACUGUUCUAAGCAAGAUACACCGACGUCUAGUGGUAUAAGUAAAGCGAAAAGCACCAAAAAAGACGAAUUGGCAGCAUUGGUCAAACGGCUCCCUGUACCCGAAUCUUCGUUCAGCAGUGACAAACACGCCAACAUGGUGCCGAAAAAUUAUUUCAGAAGAGUUUUAGAGGCGGAAAGUUCUCAGUCCUCAGCUCUGCCGAAUAGAGUACUGACGCAUUGUCGCAUUGGCUUGCCCACACCAGCAGUUGCUUCAAUUGCCGAAGUUCAUUUCACGGACAUAAUACAUGCCAAUCUGAAGAAAAUGAGCAUUACCCAAGUUUUUCGUAUACAAAGUGUUGCUUGGCCACAUUUGCUGCGCGGUCACUCUUUGAUUGUGAUUAAUGCAGCCAAAACCGGAAAGACCUUGACAUACUUACCAGCUGUAUGCUCAUUGGCAAUGGAGUACGAAUCCGUUGUCGAUGGCGAUGGUCCGGUUGCAAUUAUUAUUUGUCUGGACUCAAGUGCUGUUACUGCUGUCAAAAAGAAUUGUGAGGAGUUGCUAAGGGGUUCCGGCAUAUCUGUGAAAUCAUUUUCGUUGCACGACGAUAAAAAUGUUCAGGAGUGCCAAAUGUUGAACGGCAUGGAUAUAUUGGUCACUUCGAUUCCGAAUCUAUUGACACUGAUUAACAGUCCGUUGCGACUAUUCAAUGCGAAGCGAUUGAAGCGGGUCGUUUUCGAUGAAAUCGACUCAAUGUAUCAACGAUUUGGCGAACAGAGCGUGCACAAAAUCUACAACUCGUUGUGCACUCCCGUUCCCGAUAAGCAGUUCAUUCUAACGUCGAAGAUCUGGCACAAUAGCCUGAAAAAGUUUUGUGGAAAAGACGAUUUGAUGCUUUGCAUUGGAGCGUACGUCGAAGCGGCUAUUUAUUCGAACAUCAGCAUUACCGUUCAGUCAACCAAUGAUCGGGAUCAUUAUAAACAAUUUUUGGAUAAUUUCAAGAAAGGAAAAUACUUAGAAGAACAGACAGUUAUCGUUUGCAAUACAUCAGAAGAAGUUCGUUUAAUUGAGAAGAAUCUAACCAGCCUUGGAUACAAUAACGUCACGUACUACUGCGAUGAUGAUGACUCGGAAAAAUUCGUUUCCAUCAAUCGAGAAAUAAAUCGAAACAAAUCCGUGGCACUUGGUGUAGUAGUGUGCACUGACGAUACAUUGGCCGAUUUACGUAUACGAAAUGCGCAGCACAUUAUUCACUAUUCGUUGCCCGACAACUGGACCAUAUUCAAUCAACGUUUUGUGGUAUCUUUCGAUUAUUACAAAAAUAUGGUUGGAGAUGGACUGUCAUCUGGUCAACCUACAUCGGUUGUUUUCGUGGACGAACUGAGUUCCGAUGUAAUGCCUAGACUCGUCGAUUUUAUGAAAACUCGCUGCUUCGCUAAUGUACCAGAACAUGUCUCGACAUGGGCCAACAUCAAACGGAUUGAACAGGUGGCCCAAAAUAAAAAGUACGUGCCGUUCUGCAAUCGAAUGACAUUGUUCGGUGUAUGCGACAAUCCAUACACUUGCACUGGCCGACACUUUCUCACAGAAGCCGACCGAGCAGCUGAACAUUUACCACGAACCGGAAAGGUCAAAUUCGAAAUUAUGUCCGUUCAUUCGCCGGCUCAUUUUACUGUUCGCUUACUGGCACAUCGUUCAUCGGCACGAAAUGAAUGGCAGAAGCUUAGUUUCAACGACGCUUCUACGCUCCGAUUACGGAUGGUCAAGCAUUUUGAAAAUCCGGAAAAUCUGAUCGUUUACCAUUCACCCAAGCUGGGUGAUCUGUGCGCUAUCGAAGAUGACGACGAAGGUGAGAAGUACAAACGCUGCCAGGUGAUUUUCAUCGACGAGACGACGAAGUCGAAAAUGGUGUGGCUGAUUGACACGAAUGUCGUUGAAAAGUGUUUGAAAAUACAGGACCUGUAUAUCCUGCCCGAUGAAUUCAAAUGUUAUCCACCGCAAGCUGUCGACAUUCGAAUCGCUGGUAUUGUCCCGUUGGACUUGAGCGCAACUUGGGACAAAUGUUUGGUACCGCGUGCGCGCAAAUGGUGCGAUUUAAAGAAAAAUUGCCACUUCGAAGCAACGAUCGAAAUGACGUUGAUGAGAUGUAUUUGGGUGAAAUCGGUCCAAAUAGUCGAGAAGCUGUCGUCGAUCGACGAAGAAUUGGUGAAGUUCGAUUUCAAGAAGGAGAUCAUACGCGAAAGUCUGGGAUAUCCUGAUGAAGACGCAUUCCCAUUACUGCGAGACAUUGCGGAGAAAUCUGGUUUAAUAGAUCUCGAACCGUUGGAUAACGAACCGCUAGAAAACAAAGCGUUGGACAACAAAGCGUUGGACAAGAAACCGUCAGACAACAAACCGUUAGAUAUUGUACCAUCAGCCAAAGAACCGUUAGUCAACGAACGAGAAAUUCUUCGAACUCCCGUUCAGCAAUUGGUAAACAAUCAAGAACGCGGUCGUGGUCGCGGUAGAUUCUUGAGUGAAUCACCAGGAGCGAUUUCACGCUCUCCAACAAACAUCCAGUCUCCUGUGCUGAAUUGUCAGUCGCCGAUACUGAGCCACCCAAUUCUCAACGAGUCACCGAAAAACGAACAUUUAAAUCAGCAGAUACCGACGGCGUCACCAAGAAUUGUGAGCGAGCCAGUGGAACAGUGGGCAGCGCUAACACCCGGCAAAUACAUUGAAGUUGAUAUCGGGGAAUUUUAUGCGCCGGAUCAGAUUUAUGUGCUGCUUGCCGGCGAGUUCGAAUGUUUCAACCAGUUACGCCAAGAAAUUUUCAAUUUCACCGACGAGCCGAGCAACGUACAGCCACUGACCAAUGUUGAAGUGGGCUCCCUUUGCUUAGCUCUUGCGGAAAAUGAUGGGGAUGAGUACAACAAUGACUAUAGACGGGCGAAGAUUUUGAACGUCAACGAGUCAACGGUGAACAUUUUUUUGGUCGAUUACGGUGUGGAAGAACAUAACGUACCUAUGGACGAUUUGAUUGAGAUUCCUGAGAAAUUCAUUACAUGUCUGCCGUUUCAGGCGAUACGGUGCAAUAUGAUUGGCGUUCGUCCGUCCAAUGAAAUGUCGCUCGAUGAAUCGUGUCGGAACAUUUACGACACAUUAAAUGAUUCGCGAAGCUUAUUUGUAUGGUGCACAGAAAACCAUUCGGCCAGCAAUCUGAUGGAAUGCAAUUCAUACGAUGCGGUUUUUCUCGACAAAGAUUUGGAGAAAAAUAUCAACCAGUUCGUUGUCAAGAGUGGAUUUGCCGACUACGAUCCAGAGACGGAGCAUUUAGCCGAUAUAGAAGUUGACUGGUUUGACCUUCAGUUGGCGAACGAAGAUUGGGAUGCCUACCAUCAACUACAGGAUUUUAUGGAAAGCCUUCUAAAAAACGGCAACGACCAUCAACAACCGGCAAUAUUAAAUUCCGCAGAAAAAUCGGAAUCAACGGCAACUAUAGUGCCUGAUCUAAUACCGAGAACGACCGUUGAUAGUGAUGAUCCUUUCACUGGGGCACUCAGCCAAUCGGCGAAAAAUCUAAACUGUCGCUUAGAGUCGACAGCUGAAAUGCCUUACAUUACGUGGAAACAGACCUCAUCAAUGGUACAGCUAGCCAUACCAGCGCCAGAUGUCAAAGACUACUCACUGAAAGUUGGCUCACGAUUUGUUCAAAUCUGUUUUGUGGCCAACGAAAAGCGGUACGAAUGUAUUGUGAAUCUCUUCGGAUGUGUGGAUGCCAAAUACACAUCGCACGAAGUUCGAGGUCUCAACAUUGUAAUUAAGCUGAUGAAAACUCUGGCUGCUGAGCAAUGGCCGCGAUUGGAGAAGUGGCCGGGUAGAAAUCAAUUCAUCAAAUGCGUUGAUGAAUGUUAUGACUGUAAUGAAGAUUCCGAUACUGAGCAGCGCAAAUUUUUGCCUCUGGCCAGUGAUCUAUCGUAUUCGCAAGAUGACGAUGAUGACGACGUCGACGACGAUGCUGAUGAAAACGUUUUGAAUGCUAUUGAAAUGUGAUCGACUUCAUCUCAGGCUCAAAUUGAAAUUAUUAUUUUUUUUCUCUCUACUUUUUGUACAGAUUGCUAUUGAGAAAUAAACGUACGCGAACAUACGAAAAU